UGUCAUGCGGCUUUCUAUUUUUUGUAUUUACUUUAGCGUCCUACGUCCUUCCAAAAAGUGUUUUCUACGCACAAAUUUUUUAUAAUUGAUAUUUUUAAAUUUGAUGUAACUCAAGAAGAAUCUUCGAGGAUCGAAUUAAUGAGGUAGAUGUGCAAGUGGCAACAGUGUUGUUAUUUUCUUUUUUUAGUUUUUUGAAAUUUGGAAUGCAAACAAAAAAUUUAAUGUGACGAAAGAAUCAAGUACAAAAAUGCCUCACCGUUACUCCACAGCUUUUUCUCAUAUUGUUUUGGCUGGAACAGGAAUUUAUUGUUUAGUCCAAAUCAAAGGCCAGGCGGCACAUCUACCCCACUUCACGUUUGGAAUAAUCACAGUAAAUUCGUUAAUCGGAGUCUGGAGGUGGGGAAAUCCUGAUUAUGGUGAUAAGGCUGAUGGUAUCUACAAAUUUACUUCCUAUAUGCAGUUGUUGUUUGCUCUUCCAUGUAUCACAACGACUUUGUGGUUAGGCUAUGGAUAUGAUAAAUAUAUAAGCUGGGCGUUUACGAUAAUGCCACUUAUUCCACUUGUGUGCCACCUGGCUGAUUCUUCUUCCGAUGAAAAGAUUGAAGAACUGGUAAUACCAAUUAACAUAAUUGCUGUCGGGGUGGUGGCAUUUAUGGCAGAAAACUAUUGGGGGGUUGCAGCUGCCGUGUCAUACGCAAUUAACCACUAUAUUGUACUGAAGCAAGGAGACAGUUUGGAAGGUAUACCUGCUCAAGAUCUGUACAACUACGGCCUAUGCUUCUUCGCAUACUUUGCGCUACGAGCCAUUGGAGAAAAUAUUGUACUAAACUUUUGAUACAUCUGUAUAUUUGACCAAUUUUUAUAACUGUUCGCUUUGAAAAUUGCAUAUCAUUGUUGUCAUGUACCUAUAUAUUUUUAUAUAUGAUGUUUCAGCUAUUAUUGUUUACUAUACUGUAUAUGACAAAAUUGUAUGUUGAAUAAAUAUAUACAACGUUUUGCCAA